GCGACAACAGAGUGCUAUUGCCUUUCCUUCUGUUGUCCACAGAAAAGUUGCAGCUUUUUAACUUCGGGCUCUUUAUUUAUAAGACAAAUAUGUCCACCGCGAUGAAUUUCAGCUCGAAGAGUUUUAAACCUCGGGCUCCUGACAAAGGCUCGUUCCCUCUGGAUCAUUUUGGAGAAUGUAAAGCCUUCAAGGAGACGUUUAUGAAAUGCCUGCGAGAGAACAACUUCGACAACUCAAAGUGCCGACUGCAGUCCAAAGACUACCUGGAGUGCCGCAUGGACAAUCAACUGAUGGCCAGGGAACCUCUGGAGAAACUGGGAUUCAAGGACCUGAUAGAUCCUCCUCCCAGCCAAGCCGGCGGAGACACUAAACCCUGAUGACACAAGUCCUCCAAAAGCACGUUAAAGGUAAAGACUGCUGAGAAGAACGGCUUCAGGGACUUUGAGAAAUCAGGUCUACAGGAGGACACUUUGGUUCGCCUUCGGGCCUCAGUUUGUUACAGACAACAAACUAAUUGUAUCAAUCUUUUGUGUACAUAAGAUAUAAUUUAUAAUAUAUGGAGAUGCUAUUUUGGCUUGUGAAUAAAUCUUUUGUGUUUA